UUGGCAGGAGGCACCGGAAGCGCUUGUGAGUCUGUAGCCCGGGCCCAGGCUGGCGCCACGAGCCUCGCUGAAGACCGGCUGCGUGGUUUCUAUCAGGAGUGGAUGGAGCCCAGAGUCGACCGGACCUCCGCAGCGAUGGAGCGGGACGCAGGAGGCCGCUCGGCCAGCGCACUGUUCGCAGGAUUCCGGGCCUUAGGGCUUUUCAGCAACGACAUUCCACACGUGGUGCGGUUCAACGCGCUGAAGCGCCGCUUCUACGUGACGACCUGCGUGGGCAAGAGCUUCCACACCUACGACGUUCAGAAACUUAGUUUGGUCGCAGUAAGUAACUCUCUUCCACAGGAUAUCUGCUGUUUGGCAGCUGAUGGGAGGCUGGUCUUUGCUGCUUAUGGGAAUGUUUUCUCCGCAUUUGCCCGUAAUAAAGAGGUCGUACAUACCUUUAAGGGUCAUAAGGCAGAAAUCCAUCUUUUGCAACCCUUUGGGGAUCAUGUUAUCUCUGUUGAUACUGACAGCAUUCUUAUUAUUUGGCACAUAUACUCAGAAGAAGAAUAUCUGCAGUUGACUUUUGAUAAAUCGGUAUUUAAAAUUUCUGCAAUUUUGCAUCCAAGUACCUACUUGAAUAAAAUACUUCUUGGCAGUGAACAAGGAAGCCUGCAGUUGUGGAAUGUGAAAUCCAAUAAACUUCUAUAUACAUUUCCGGGAUGGAAAGUUGGAGUGACGGCUCUUCAGCAGGCACCAGCUGUGGAUGUUGUUGCUGUUGGUCUUAUGUCGGGUCAGGUUAUCAUUCAUAACAUUAAGUUUGAUGAAACAUUAAUGAAGUUUCGUCAAGACUGGGGACCUAUUACUUCUAUUUCAUUUCGCACAGAUGGUCAUCCAAUAAUGGCAGCUGGAAGCCCAUGUGGCCAUAUUGGACUCUGGGAUCUUGAAGACAAAAAAUUUAUCAAUCAAAUGAGAAAUGCACAUUCUACAGCAAUUGCCGGAUUGACAUUUCUCCACAGGGAGCCACUUCUUGUCACAAAUGGCGCUGACAAUGCUCUUAGGGUAUGGAUAUUUGAUGGUCCCACCGGUGAAGGCCGGCUUUUGAGAUUCAGAAUGGGACAUAGUGCUCCUCUUACCAAAAUUAGAUAUUAUGGACAAAAUGGACAACAGAUUCUUAGCGCAAGUCAAGAUGGAACUCUUCAGUCAUUUUCCACAAUACAUGAAAAAUUUAACAAGAGCUUGGGACAUGGAUUAAUAAAUAAAAAAAGAGUCAAACGUAAAGGACUUCAAAAUACCCUGUCAGUGAGACUUCCGCCCAUCACAAAGUUUGCAGCUGAGGAAGCUCGUGAAAGUGACUGGGAUGGUAUUAUUGCUUGCCAUCAGGGUAAGCUAUCUUGUUCAACCUGGAACUAUCAAAGAUCUACAAUAGGCUCUUACUUUCUCAAGCCAAAAGAGCUGAAGAAAGAUGACAUUACUGCAACAGCAGUGGAUAUAACUUCUUGUGGAAACUUUGCUGUAAUUGGUCUCUCAUCAGGAACUGUAGAUGUAUAUAACAUGCAGUCUGGUAUACAUCGAGGAAGGUUUGGUGAGGAUCAAGCUCAUAAAGGGUCUGUUAGAGGUGUUGCAGUGGAUGGAUUAAACCAGUUGACAAUUACGACUGGUAGUGAAGGAUUACUCAAGUUUUGGAACUUUAAAAACAAAAUUUUAAUCCAUUCUGUGAGCCUUGAUUCAUCUCCAAAUAUGAUGCUGCUACACAGAGACAGUGGCAUUCUGGGACUCGCCUUGGAUGACUUCUCCAUUAGUGUUCUGGACAUAGAAACUAGAAAGACUGUCAGAGAGUUUUCUGGACACCAAGGCCAAAUAAAUGACAUGGCUUUCAGUCCUGAUGGUCGUUGGUUAAUAAGUGCUUCAAUGGAUUGCUCUAUUAGAACUUGGGACCUUCCUUCUGGGUGCCUUAUAGACAGCUUUUUGUUGGACUCAGCUCCUCUCAAUGUAACUAUGUCCCCUACCGGAGACUUUCUGGCCACUUCCCACGUGGACCACCUUGGAAUUUAUCUAUGGUCCAAUAUUUCCCUGUAUUCAGUUGUUUCAUUACGGCCACUUCCCACAGAUUAUGUUCCUUCAGUAGUGAUGCUUCCUGGAACUUGUCAAACCGAAGAUGUAGAAUUAUCAGAAGAAACCAUAGAGCCAAGUGAUGAAAUGAUAGAGUAUGAUUCCCCAGAACAGUUGAAUGAGCAGUUGGUGACUCUAUCCCUCCUUCCUGAAUCACGGUGGAAAAACCUUCUUAAUCUUGAUGUUAUUAAGAAAAAGAAUAAACCAAAGGAACCUCCCAAAGUACCCAAGUCAGUACCAUUUUUUAUACCAACAGUUCCUGGCCUUGUACCCAGAUAUGCUGCGCCCGAACAAAAUAAUGAUCCACAGCAGUCUAAAGUGGUAAAUCUUGGAAUUUUGGCUCAAAAAUCAGAUUUCUUCUUGAAACUUGAAGAAGGACUCGUGAAUAAUAAAUAUGAUGCUGCUCUUAACCUUCUGAAAGAAUUAGGUCCAUCGGCAAUUGAAACAGAGCUGCGGAGCUUGUCUCCUGAAUGUGGUGGGUCUGUAGAAGUUAUGCAGAGUUUCUUAAAAAUGAUCGGAUUGAUGUUGGACCGAAAGCGUGAUUUUGAGUUAGCCCAGGCAUACCUUGCAUUGUUUCUAAAGUUACACCUUAAAAUGCUUCCUUCAGAGCCAAAACUUCUAGAAGAAAUGACACAGUUGUCAUCCCAGGUGGAAGAAAACUGGAUUCAUUUGCAAUCACUCUUCAAUCAAAGCAUGUGCAUUUUAAAUUAUAUAAAAAGUGCUUUGUUACAAUAAAAAUAAAUUUGUGACUUUUAUAAACCAAAGACUUUUAUAUUAAAUGGGUUCAGUUUAACUCA